AUGAGCAAGUUCUCUCGCAUCUCGCAGCAGCAGAACCAGCCGGGAGGUGCAUAUCCUGGUGCAUCAACCCCGCAGCCACCAUACCCCUCCCAACCGCCAUAUCCUCAGCAGCAGCAACAGCCACAACCUCCUCCAUCGCCAUACAAUCAGCCUCCGGUUCCUCCUAGACCCAAUGCAUCUCCCCAACCCUACCAGCCUCCGCAGUGGCAAGCGCCUCAACAGCAACAGUCGCCGUACGGUCAACAGCUAGGACCGCCGCAGCAACAGGGAGGAUAUCAAUCACCACAGCCAGCAUAUCAAUCGUACCAGUCGCAGUACCAACAACCACCGAACCAAUAUGGUCAACAGCAGUACCAACAGCAACAGCCAGCUGGCGGAUAUGGAUAUGGUCAACAACCUCCCUACCCUGGCGGACCCGCCGUCGGUGGCCCUCCUCAGCAACAGUAUGGCGGCGGUCCUCCUCAGCAGCAGUACGGCGGUGGCCCCCCUGGCGGCGCCCCUCCAGCUCCGGUCGGGAACGUAGGCGCAUACAAGCAAGUUCUUCAAGCUACUAUUCAAGAGAAGGGCCUCCAAAACUUCUACCCACCUGGGCAUCCCAUGCUCGACCAGAUCGCUAACCGCGCCGCUCAACAAGUCGCUCAGUUGGCUGCAGCGUGGCGGAUCUCUCCUGAAAUAGCCUCUGAUAUUGUCAAGUUGGCACUCUACGAUGUCAUCCUGUACAUUGAUGACAGCGGUUCCAUGCAGUUCGAAGAAAACGGAGAGCGCAUUGAUGACCUCAAAUUGAUCUUGUCGCGCGUCGCAUAUGCUACCAGCCUUUUCGACGACGAUGGAAUUCAAGUCCGCUUCAUGAAUUCACCUGACCAGGGCAAUAACAUUCGCAAUGAGCAGCAGGUGAAUGAGAUGAUUGCACGGACCCGCUUCUCUGGCCUCACUCCCAUGGGUCGCGAAUUGCAGAACAAGAUCCUUGGGCCUCUUGUUCUAGAGAAUGCCAGGCGUGGCAAUUUGCGCAAGCCCGUUUUGGUCAUCACCAUCACCGAUGGUCAACCUACGGGUGAAAGCUCGUCGGAUGUGGCAAAGAUCAUUAUGGCAGCGUCGAGCGAGUUGGCCCGCAACCCGCGCUACGGCAAGGGAGCUCUGGCAUUCCAGUUUGCACAAGUGGGCAAUGACCUGAAGGCGAGAGAGUUUCUGAGCAAACUCGACGAAGAACCCACGAUUGGUGAUAUCAUUGAUUGCACAUCCAACUACGAAGUUGAGGCUGACGAGAUGUCUCGUGCUAAUCCACCCGUCCAGCUAUCCCCCGAACUCUGGCUCAUCAAGCUCCUUCUUGGUGCUAUCGACUCGAGCUACGACACCAAAGACGAGAAAUCCGGUGCAAGACCUCCACAAGGUGGUCCUGGUGGCUAUGGUGCUCCUCCCCCGGGACAAUACGGUGGUGCUCCAGGUGGUGGGUAUGGACAACCUCAGGGCGGUUAUGGUGGUCCUCCUGGUCAAGGCGGCUAUCCCCCACAGCAGGGCGGUUACGGCCAACCUCAAGGUGGCUAUGGACAACAACCGCAGGGCCAGUAUGGAAGACCUCCUCAAGGUGGACCACAGGGAGGAUAUCCGCCUCAGCAGGGUGGCUACGGUGCACCUCCACCACCACGCUACUAG